CACUCUCACUUAAUGUUUUUGUUUUGGUUGUUGAGUUGAGAUCAAUUGAUUGAAAAACAAAGCCCUUGUUUAAUAAAUGUUUCGUGGCGAUAUUAUGAUAAUAAAUAUAAAUUUAUGACCACCUGUCAAAUCUCAUUUAAGUGAUUCCCGAGAAUUUUUAUUUUAAUAAUGCAGAGCAUUGUUGAAUAUUUUUCUGGCCAGGAAGGUCAUUCCUGUGGUUAUUGUAAAUCUAGCAAUACAUUUUAUUCUAAUGGAAUGUGGGCUCACACCUUAACUACAACAGACUACCAGAAUCUAAUUGAUCGAGGGUGGAGAAGAAGUGGGAAAUAUUGUUACAAACCAACUAUGAAUAUAACUUGCUGUCCUCUUUAUACAAUCAGAUGUGAAACUAAAAAGUUUACUCUUACAAAAUCUCAGAAAAAAGUUUUAAAAAAAGUUCACAGGUUUCUCGCUUAUGGAGAUCAAGGAAAGCGUUCUCAGUCACCUUCAUCUGAAAAUAGCGAACAACGAGAAAUGGAUGGAGUCGAAUUUUCACCAGAUAUCAGUGCUGAAAAUUUAAAACGGAUAGAAGAUAUUAAAUCAACAGACAUAGAAUACUCAGAAUUGGAAUCUGAUUCUAAUCUGAAAAGUGACGAAACAUCAUCUGCAGAUGUCCAAUUACCAAAAUCUAGUUUUUCUUCUUCGGGGUCUCCUUCAAUUGUUAAUAAAUGUAAUGAAAAUAGUAAUCGUCCUAAAUGUCAAAAAGCCAAGGUCUUACGACGUGAAAAGAAACUUCAGAAAUUGCUAAAAAAAGGAAUACAACCUGAUUUAGCUGCUGCAUCAGUUAAGAAAACACCAAACCAGCCAAAGAGUCUUGAAGAGUUCCUAUCAGAACCACAUAUCUCCGAUCCAGCUCAUAAACUAGAGCUUCGCUUGGUACCCUCAAGUUUAGAAAAUUCUCUCUUUUGUCAAACUUUUGAGGAGUCUUACAAUAUUUAUAAAAAAUAUCAGAUGGAAAUUCAUCGAGAUCCAGCUGAAAAGUGCUCAACCAAACAGUACACUCGUUUUUUGGUGAACAAUCCAUUUCAGGUAAAGUUUGUUUAUGUCAAUUCUAAGGAAUUCCUUGAAACUAAGAAAGAAUCUUACUCUCUUUAUGUAAAAUAUCAAAUGGCUAUACAUAACGAUACUGAAGAGGAGUGUGCCGUUGAGUCCUUUGAAAAUUUCCUCAUUGAAACACCUUUGGAGUCACUUGAUGAAAUUUCAUUGGUGGGACAAACUUAUGGCUCAUACCAUCAACAGUAUUGGCUUGAUGAUAAAUUAAUAGCCGUGGGAGUGCUGGACAUCUUACCUUACAGUGUUUCAUCUGUGUAUUUUUAUUAUGAUCCUGACUAUAGUUUCCUUUCCCUUGGAACAUAUUCUGCUUUAAGAGAAAUAUCAUUGACGCGUCAGCUGAAUGCACAAUAUAAUGAUCUGCAAUAUUAUUACAUGGGCUACUAUAUACAUUCUUGUAUUAAAAUGAGAUACAAGGGUCAGUAUGUUCCUUCUUAUUUAUUAUGUCCUGAAGCCUACACAUUUCACCCUAUAGAAAAGUGUAAACCAUUGUUAGAUAAAUCUAAAUUCUGUCGUCUAGAAGAAGACACUAAAAUUGAGGAUUGUGAUGGAAAAGUUGUUCUGAAAGAUGUUAUUAUAUUAUACAAAUCGAAAAAGAUGUUAUAUAGUUUAUAUCGCAUAGGAAAGUUGGGCGUCAAUGAAGACGAAGAAAUAGUACAGGAGUAUGCAAAAUUAGUUGGACAGAAAUGUUACAAAAGGAUGAUGUUGUAUAGAAGCUGAAUUAUUUUAAAAUGUGUUUUGUCAUGUUGUAACGUUAGAUGAAUGAUUUGUUUUGUAUGCAAAGCUAUAUACCCAGAUAACUUAAAAGUAUGAAGAAAGAAACGUUUAAUUUUGUUGUAAAAUAAAUAAGAUAUAUAUAUAUAUAAAGAAGAAAGAUAAAAGAAGAUAAUAUAAAGAAGAAACUUUCAGAAGCCAGAUGGCCAUUUAAAAUUUUAAACAGCAACGGAGCUACAAUGUUAAUAACCUUAAAGUUUGUAACAAGUUCCAUUAAAAA